AAACCAGUAGUUACUAACAGCGUGAUCUACUCGAAGUCUCAACACCACAUAGGAUUAUGCUGGCACAAUACUGAGUAUGUUGCAGUUGCAAUACGGGGAAUUUUGAGUUUACACGCUGACCUUCGACGUUCCUUUCUCGGCACGCUGUGCUGCUUCUAUCGUCAUGGCUACCGCUCGGUUCCCAGAGGAAGAGUUCGCCUGCCCCGUCUGCCUGGAGGUGCUGCGUGACCCGGCCACCCUGCCCUGUGGGCACACCUACUGCCUGCCCUGCAUUCAGAGGCACUGGGACCAGGGGGAGGCCAAGAAGGCGUACAGCUGCCCCCAGUGCCGCAAAACCUUCACCCCCCGCCCCAUGCUGGCCAGAAGCACGCUGCUGGUGGAGGCCAUGGAGAAGCUGAAGGUGAUGGGCGGGGCGGAGGGCGCGCCCCUGUCGAUCUCCUCCGCGCCGCUGUCCGUGCCCUCCCCGUGCCCCGGCGCUCCGCCGGACGGGGACGGGCUCUACCCGCAGCUCCCCGUGAGCCCGCGGCUCUGCCCCGAACACCGGCAGCCCCUGGAGCUGUUCUGCCAGGAAGACCGGCUGUUCGUGUGCCGCGCGUGCGGGGACCACGCCCACAGGGACCACCGCGUGGUCACCGCCGAGGCGGCGAGGGUGGAGAGACAGCGGGAUCUGGCUCAGAUGCAAGUGGACACGCAGAGAAGGAUCCAGGAGAGGGAGCGGAACCUGCAGCUGCUGCCCCAAAGCGCCCGGGACCGCAAGGGGGCAGUGCAGGCCCUGCAGCGUGAGGCCAGAGAGGUGUUUGCUGAGCUGGUGCGGAGCGUGGAGCUGGCGGGGGUCCAGGUGCAGGAGCUGCUGGGCGCUCACGAGAUGGCGGAGGGCAGCCGGGUGGAGGGGCAGAUCCACAGGCUGGAGCAGGACCUGGCCCGGCUGCACAGUCGGGACGAGGAGCUGCGCAGGCUGGUGCACAUGCAGGACCACUUCUGCUUCCUGAAGAACUUCCUGACCCUGGACACCCCCAUCCCAGAGGGAGAGGGAGAGGUGGCCGGGGCCAACGCUGAGGCAGUGGUGCUUGGGGUGCAGACAGCGCUGCGGGAGUUCUGGGAUCAACACCAGGAGCUCAGCAAGGCAAGCCUGGCCAAGAUCUUCCGUACAGUCAAUGAUGCAUCGGCUUUGGCUGAAACACCGAGGACUGCAGCUCCUCUGCCCUCUGAGCACAGGGAAGAUUCAAACUCUCAACCCCCAGUGAAUGAAAUGGCAGCCAGCAGUAUGGCCAGUUUGAACGCAGCCAGUGGAACAUCCAAUCAGAACCCAGCCAGUGGAGUGUCCAAUCAGAAUUCAGCCAGCGAAACCGCCAGUCAGAACCCACCUAUUCAAUACCAAGAACCCAAAACCCGAGAUGAACUUUUAAAAUUCCGCUUCGAGCCCACGCUGGACCCCAACACAGCGUACCGCCAACUGCGCCUGUCGGACGGCGACCGCAAGGCCACGCUGCGGGCGGAGCCCCAGCCGUACCCGGAGCACGCCGGCCGCUUCCUGUUCUGGCGCCAGGUUCUGUGCCGGGAGCCGCUGGCCGGGAGCCCGUGCUACUGGGAGGCGGAGUGGACCGGCACCAAGGUCACCAUCGGCGUGGCCUACGCCAGCAUGGGCCGGGCGAGUUCCGACGAGAGCUGCCGGCUGGGCCACAACGCCCAGUCGUGGGGCCUGUACUGGACCGGGACGGGCUUCUCGCUGUGGCACGGGGGGCGGGAGACGCCGGUGAAGGGGCCCAAGGCCCGGCGAGUCGGGGUUUACCUGGACCAGCAGGCCGGGGUGCUGGCUUUCUACAGGGUGUCCCACGGCCAGGCGGAGCUGCUCGUCAGGGUCCAGGCGGACUUCUCUGGGCCUCUCUACCCCGGGUUCAGGUUCUGGACCGGGGUGGGCUCCAGCGUGACGCUCUGCCAGCUAGAUUAGCCAGCGCUGGCCAGGUCCAGUCCAAUUCUGAUCCGAUUCUUUAGGCGUAAAUGGAAUUACUGCUACUGCUAUCGCUGAGGACAAAUGUGCGGUUAUGGCAUUUCCUGUCAGUUUUUCUUCCCCAAAGACCUUUGCUGCACGUUUGAUCACGUUCCUGUAUAUGUCUUUCCCAUUUUCCCCCAUAUUCAAGUCUUUACCAACAGAUAUUCAGAUUUGGUUUCGAUGCCAUGCACAUGUUCAGCAAUGAUAUGACCAAUUAAAUGUUUCAAAAUAG